CAGCUUUUACACAUUCAUGCCAAGAGCAGGUAGCAAAGGAUGUAGAUAGGGAGGAAGUGUUCUGAAGGCAGAGAGGAUCAGUGACACACAGAGGAAGGGGAGAUCUUACACGCUGCCUCCAAUAGAGUAUCGGGUGUGUUGCUGGGAGUGUGAUCCCUGUGAGCGAGGUGUUAUUCGGCAUGGCUGGCAGCCCGUUUGGGAGGCUCUCUCUGGAGGAGGGCGACUCAGCCAACUCCUUGGAAGGAAUGGAAAUGAAGCUGUGCGGGGAAGCCAUGCAUCAGGCUCUGGACACCCUAAGCGACAGCACCAGUUCGACAACGGCUAAUGACCUGGAUCUCAUCUUCCUCAAAGGCAUCAUGGAGAGCCCAGUGGCCCAUGAGCGCUUUGAGGAACCCAAACUGGAGGCGGUGAGUGAAAACAAUGUGGAGCUGGUCCAGGACAUCCUCAAGGAGCUCGGUCCCCUCACACAAAGGAGCCAGACAGCUGAAGAGCUCGUCCGCAUCCUGAAGGAACCUCACUUCCAGUCCCUCCUGGAGACCCAUGACUCUGUGGCAUCCAAAAACUAUGAGACCCCUCCUCCCAGCCCCUGUUCCUUCAUGGAUGCAGCCCUCAACAAUCAGCCUGUUCCACCAGAUGCAGUCAGGAUGGUGGGCAUCAGGAAAGUGUCUGGAGAGCAUUUGGGAGUGACCUUUCGAGUGGAGAACGGUGAGUUAGUGAUUGCGAGGAUCCUUCAUGGCGGCAUGAUCGACCAGCAAGGCCUGCUUCAUGUGGGUGACAUCAUCAAAGAAGUGAACGGCAAAGAGGUGGACAAUGACCCCAAAGUGCUGCAGGAGAUGCUGAAGAAGGCGAGCGGCAGUGUGGUUCUGAAGAUCCUGCCCAGCUACCAGGAGCCACACACACCGAGACAGGCCUUUGUGAAGUGCCACUUUGAUUAUGACCCCACUCACGAUAACCUGAUUCCAUGCAAGGAGGCGGGCCUCAGCUUCACAAGUGGAGACAUUUUGCAGAUCUUCAACCAGGAAGACCUAAACUGGUGGCAGGCCUGUCAUAUAGAGGGAGGCAGCGCAGGACUCAUUCCCAGCCAGCUUCUUGAGGAGAAGAGGAAAGCUUUUGUGAAGCGGGAUAUGGAGCUUGCCACCUCAGGUCCUUUGUGUGGAGGAAUGGGGGGCAAGAAGAAAAAAAAGAUGAUGUAUUUAACCACCAAGAAUGCAGAGUUUGAUCGACAUGAGCUGCGGAUCUAUGAAGAGGUUGCCAAAGUCCCUCCCUUCAGGAGGAAGACACUGGUUCUGAUUGGUGCACAGGGGGUGGGCCGACGCAGUCUGAAGAACAAACUGCUUGUGUCGGAUCCCCAUCGUUACGGGACCACCAUACCCUUCACCUCCAGGAAGCCAAAGGUGGAUGAGAGGGACGGUCAGAUGUACGGCUUCAUGUCACGGGGCGAGAUGGAGUGUGACAUCAGAAGCGGCCGUUUCCUGGAGCACGGCGAGUACGACGGUAACCUGUACGGCACAAAGAUCAACUCCAUACACGAGGUGAUAGAGACAGGAAAGAUCUGCAUCCUGGAUGUCAACCCACAGGCCCUGAAAGUCCUGCGUACAUCUGAGUUCCUGCCCUACGUGGUGUUCAUUGAAGCCCCAGACUUUGAAGUCCUGAAAGCUAUGAAUAGGUCAGCGAUUGAAUCGGGAGUGGUCACCAAACAGCUGACGGACUCUGAACUAAAGAGGACAGUAGAUGAGAGCGAGCGCAUAAAGAGGGCCUAUGGACAUUACUUUGAUCUCUGCAUCGUGAACGACGGCUUGGAGGCGGCCUUCCAAAGCCUCCGGCUGGCGCUGGAGAAACUGGCGCUGGAGCAUCAGUGGGUGCCGGUCAGCUGGGUGUUCUGAACAUCAUCAGCAAAGAGUCGGACGUUUCGUAUUGAUGCUGAGGAAGCUGUGCAUCACCAGCCAGCACAAGGGACCAGCCUCAUCUAGAGCAUUUUUGUACAAACUAAGUGUUCCUCUGUUGAGUCUAAUGUCAAGUUGUGAUGAAUUUGUCAAAAGGAUUUAUGAUGAGGUAUAGUGCAAUCGUGAGAUCUUAGAAAUGUGGACAAUAAACAGUUGGACAUUUAUUUGGAGAGACAGUUUUAGCCUUCACAUUCUUAAACUUUAUGUAGUGUAAUGUUUACAUCGGCUCUCUAAGAAGGAUUGAGGAAAGAAACCAAAUGUCUCAUUUGUGUUGAACACCUCAUCAUUUGACAUUUCAUCAUACGGUAUGAUUGUUGCUAAAUCCUCUACGUCUACAUGGAUAAAAAAAAAAAAAGAAAUGAAUGGCAAUAGUUACUGAAAUAUACAUGCAAUACAUUUACUGAAGCAUUUCUACAUAAU